AUGGAGAGUCAGUUCAGAUCAAUUUUAGGACUUGCCCUUCUGGCGACUUACAUCAGCGCUCAGUACCACGAAGGUCACGGCUCUUCGUACAUUUCCUACUCGCAAGGAGGACACGGUGGUUCAAGCGGAGGUUCCGGAUCUUCUCUUGGUGGUUCAAUCGGGCAUGCCAUUCCUGUAAUUCAGACUGAAAGUCACCAUGAGGAACACCACGCUCCAGCUAAGUACCAGUUCAAAUACGGCGUAGAAGAUAAACACACCGGUGAUAUCAAGCAACACGAAGAAACUCGUGACGGACAUGUAGUUAAGGGGUCGUACUCUCUCCAUGAACCCGAUGGUACCAUUUUGACUGUGCACUACACUGCUGAUAAGAAGAGUGGGUUCAAUGCGGUGGUUCAAAGGUCCGGACAUGCCACACACCCACAGAAGUCACACCAUUAA